GCCAAAACCUGGCCAAAGUACAACUCAUGGUAAAUCAGUAUUCCUGUUUUACAUAAACUCUCGCAAUUUUUUGCUCGAAUUUUUGUUGAUUUAGAAGUUCUCAACUUUUUCCCAGUUAAAUUACAGUGAUAAGUGGAAACGGCUGGAAUCGUAGCAACAUGUCUGUUCCCGUGUAUUUGAAAAACAGAAGCGGUGGCGACCUGUUGAUUUUGGAAGGGUAUGAAUAUCUACGGGAUAGUGGUCGUGACAAUCGAUGGCGCUGCCGUCUACGUGAUAGAUGUAACGCCAGGCUCGAAAUGGGCGACGAGGUGGCCACCAUGCUCGCGCCCCACAAGCACGGACCCGUUAAGGACAAGAACAAGCAGCAGGAGCCAGGGGGGCCUGCGGAGCCGUCCGCGUUGCCAGGUAGUGGGACUAAGGUGGUGCAGACGCCCGAGAAGCGAUUAGGUCGACUGAAAGACAAGCCCAUGCUGGCUGUGGAAAGGGAGGAGAAGGAGCGGGAUUGUCUGGAGGAGUCAGAACCGACCGCGGUGCUGGCGUCCAGCAGCAAAUCCAAGUCAGGUGGCAUUAAGCGGGCUCUGAGCGCCGUGAGCAAGCAGAAAAAUGUGAAGAGAAAGGCCAUGAUUGAUCUCAGCCGAUUCGCGAAGAGAAAGCCCCAAAUGGCUCCGAAUCAUCGUGCUUCUUUGGCAGCUCCAUCAUUACCGCCUGCUCGCCGACUGCCACGAGUGGCCGCACUUUCUGUCGCAAAACUUCCACGUCCUUCUGCGGUCGUUCCGACUCCCUCUCGGAUGGAAAAUAGCGAUGAUGCGGGAACCGUUGGGAAGGAUGUCACCGGAAAAUUUGGUCAGUACAUCACCGCCAUGCUGGACUCGCUCCGCCCCGAACAGAUCCGACAGUACAUGACAGCCAUUCGGAAAACGGUUGCCGAGCUGGAUCUGCAGGCGGCUAAUCAAGACUCCCACGUCGGCGCAAUGUAGCGCGAUACAAGAGCGAAUGGCCGAGCAUUUGGUUGCGAAUAGGCGGUUCGUAAGGGAGAAGGUUUGUUGUGGAAUGGUAUUGUGUACAGAUCUUUAUUGCUUUCGAUUCAUGUUUGAAUGGUACGCUCAUUGUGCUGCCAUUAUUGUCUGAUUUCUUGCUGUAUCGAUUUGUAUGUAAUGAUUUACGGACCGUCUCCUGCUUUAGUUUGGUGCUGCUUGGAAUUUUAUUGUACC